CUGAAUGUAGUUUAUUUGAGCUUUUAUUGCCAGACGUGGAGACAAUGGGCUUGAAUAAAAUCUACAAUCGGGUUCACACCUUGUUAACACCGCCAUUAGUCCCCCUUUACAUUCCCUGAUUGGUGAUUUACAUUUGCGACCAAAUAGCAUCUUUACUGCUGUUUACCAAGGCUUUGGGGGCACUGAAGAGUGAACGGCGGCUUUUGAAAUAAAAAGUGGAGCUUCGGGGAUCCUGCAGUCAGUCCAACUCCAAGUUGCCGGCUGGUAGUGUGGUUCCAGGAGGACACCGACGCACCAGGAAUAUACCCACGCUGCAGAGAUGUUGGUGUUCGUGGUCAGCUUCGCCACUUUGGUGUGCACGGUCGCUGCGCGGCCUUCGCUCAACUACCUGGAGAAUCAGAAUCAUUUCGCCGCCGAGAACGAGUCGGAGGAGGUCCGCUCAGAGGCCAUCAAGAGACUCCUGGAGGUUUUUGGGAUGGAGGACCCCCCUGCAAUCCAUGGACACAAACAGGCACCGCAGUACAUGCUUGAUCUGUACAACACGGUUGCUGAUGUAGAUGGUGUGACCAAGGACCCAUACCUUCUGGAGGGGAAUACUGUGCGCAGUUUCUUUGACAAAUUGCGAAGUGAGCAGGUGGAGUUCAGGUUCAAUCUGUCCACUGUUGCAAGAACUGAGAAGAUCCUAACUGCAGAGCUCCAUCUUUUCAAGCUGCGACCUCAGGCAACACUCACAUUCAACAGACAUCACUUCUGCCAAGUCAGUGUUUAUCAGCUGCUUGACACCACCAAAACCAACAAUACACAGGAGAGGAAGCUGCUGUCUUCUCGACUCAUCCCUGUCCACUCUACUGGUUGGGAGGUGUUCACCAUCACACAAGCAGUUCGCUCCUGGAUGGUGGAUGAAGGCAGCAACCUGGGUCUCCAUGUGGUGGUCCGGACUCUGGGAGGAAGCCCGAUGGAUAUGAAACUGAUCCGCUUUGCUUCAGGACGCAACCACCACCAGAGCAAGCAGCCCAUGUUGGUGCUCUUCACCGACGACGGCCGCCGCUCUACUACCCUGGAGAGCACAGACCCAAACGAUACCGCAGCCACUUCCAGCCUGCCCCAUGCCCCCAUGUCUGGCCCACCCUCCCGCAGCGCUCGUUCCCUGGACUACAGCGAGGAGGAAGGCGCGACUAUGCCCUGCCAACGCCUGCCUCUCUACGUCGACUUCGAGGAGAUCGGCUGGUCAGGCUGGAUCGUCUCUCCCAGGGGUUACAACGCUUACCACUGCAAAGGCUCCUGCCCCUUCCCCCUGGGUCAGAACAUGAGGCCAACCAACCACGCCACCGUCCAGUCCAUCAUCAACGCCCUGAAGCUGAUCAAAGGCAUCGAGACGCCGUGCUGUGUGCCGGACAAGCUCUUCUCCAUCAACUUGCUCUACUUUGAUGAUGAUGAGAACGUGGUGCUGAAACAGUAUAAUGACAUGGUGGCUGGAAGCUGUGGCUGCCACUGACAUAGAGAUAUUCAUCACAAAUACAAUGUAUAUUGGGUUUGGGGACAUAGACAGCCAGCGGCCCUCUAUAAGUCAAUUGCACCUAAUGAGUAAUGUGCUGAGUCCCACAUUGUAAUAUAUGUAAAUAUCCAUAAAUUAUAAUAUAUGGCAGUGAUGGAAGUGACAUCCUGUGAAAGGUGUAAAUGUGUAUAUUUUAUGUUUUCUGUUGUGAAUGAAUAUGCAGUCAGAAUA